UACGCGGUGGUAAAACGGACAGGUAUCCGAAGAGUCCUGCGCUCCACUGACGGGCUUUGCAUUUUUGUGAGGAUUAUAUAAUUGUCCUGACAUUUACAUUUCCUCUUAUUUUUUUUAUUUUUUUGUCGGACUUAAUAGAGUAUGAGGUCCCACUUAAAUUACGCGUGCUUCCUCCUGCCUGUUGCUCUUCAGUUCAUCCUGGCCCCCAGUCCGGUCUCCACGGCAGCCACCAGGAAGUGUGGCUCCAUCUACAAGGGCUUUGCACAGUGUCUGCUGGCCCUGGGGGACAGCAUGUCCAACAGCGUGCAGAAAGAGGAGGAUACACAGGAGAUCGACACCAUCUGCAAGUCGUGGGAUGAGUUCCACACCUGCGCGAGCGCGGUGCUGGCGGGGUGCCCGGACGAGGCGGCGGCGGUGUGGGAGUCGCUGCGGCAGGAGUCGAAGAAGAUGCAAUUCUCCGGGAACCUGUACGACAUGUGCGCCAACCGCGCCCAGCCGGCCACCACUGUGCAGAGCCCGCCCAGCCAGGACCAGACCAAUCAGGAGUCUCUAAAAGCUCACGCCCACCGCAAUGACCGCGCCUACAUCCUGCUGCUCUCCCUGCUGAUGCUGCUGGCUGUGAUGUAGCCACACCCCAGGGAGGGGGAAAAGGGGCCGGGCAAGUGGAUCAUUGGACAGGCCGUUGAUAGGAAUCAAUACACAUGUACAUGGACAGUGUCAUGUUUCAUAAGACCUUCCCCCAUUUUUCAGGGGGAGGGUUUUAAUUCACUAAAAGCUGCAUCUCAAGUUCUAUUUGGCAAAUUCAAAUUCUUCCUAAAGCAAAUGCACCUACACACACACACACACACACACGCACACACACUGAUACACAAGCAUGCACACAUGCAUAUAUUUAUUAUGACAAACAAUAUUAUAAUCAUCAAAUACCAAAAUACUGUAUCUAAAUAAUAAUCAUAAAAUGUCUUAUCAGUUAGUUGCAGAAUAGUUCA